UGAUAUACAUCAUAUGAAAGCGCAAAUUGAAUACUUUCUCAAAUUUGGACGAGACAAUGACGCUCGUCUAAAGGUAGUGAAUUUUAUUGAUCAGAAAAAUUUGAUUCGCGUCUUGGAGAAUGUCAUAACAUUUUGUGAACUAAUUGAUCGUCGUCUUCCUUCAAUUGAUUCUAAACCAAUUUGUCCUUGUCAUCCUUCAACUGAUCAAUCACAAAGGGAAGUUCCUCCAUACAUGAUAGAAGCUAUAGCUACUUCAUGUUAUAUUGGAUCAAAGUACGGUGAACUUCCGAUUUUGGCGAAGGUCCGGUCACACUUUUCUCGCAAAUAUGGGGAAAAAUAUAUAGUUAAUCUCACCAAGUGUGCCAAUGCGAAGAUAAAGAAGAGGUUGUUAAUUCCGAGUCCAACUGAAGAUAAGCAAAACAAAGUUGUAACUAAAAUUGCUAAAAGAAGAAACAUCAAUUGGUAUCCGAAGAACAAAUGUAGCCCGAAAUUUGCUGAUGACGACACAUCGACUGCUACUUCUCGAAAAUCAAUGUCACAUGACACCAAAUGCAAGGAGAUUGUGCCGAUUGGAAUAAUGUAUGAUUGAUGCAGUUAUGGUGUUUUGUUUCACAUGACAUUGCUUUCAUAUUUUUGAGUCCUUAAUACGUUUAGAAGAUUCGAUUAUCAUAAUUAGCUGUUGGAAUUCAUACACUCUCAUACCAUUGGAACUUGAAAACCUACA